GAAAAGUUUCAGAAAUCUGCUCAGUCUUCAUUACAUUUUGAAGGUUUCCUGUUUGUUUUUCCUAGAAAAUCUGCAAUGGCAAACGGCUCCACAACGCCUGAUUCUGGAGCAGACGGCAGUGAUUAUAUUGUGUAUUUUUGUUCUGAAAUAUCUGACUUUUCAGUUAUCAGCGGUGCCCUCUUCAUCUUGAUCUUCAUCAUAAGUGUCAUAGGCAAUAGUCUCCUCUUGUGUGUUCUGGUCGUCUACGAGGACCUGAAAAAUGUCACAAAUAUAUUUGUCCUGAACCUGGCCUGCUCUGAUCUGGUCUUCACUGUCACACUUCCAUUCUGGGCCACCGAUCACCUUCACCACUGGGUUUUUGGAGAUUUUCUCUGCAAAUUCAUCACUGCAGCACACUUUGUUGGUUUGUACAGCAGCGUCAUUCUACUGACUGCAAUAACUGUGGAUCGUUUCAUAACUGUGGUGCUGCACAGUUGGCCGAGCAACCAUGUCUGGAGGAAGAGGGGUGUAGUUGGUGUCUGUGCAGCUGCCUGGGUCAUCAGUGUUGCUGCAUCCCUCCCUGAUGCUAUGAAAAUGAAGGUAGACGACUGGGAGGAAAAAUUCUAUUGUGAGACUUCUACUAAUGGACUAAAUGUUGAGCUGGGAUAUUACCUCCAAGUGUCACUGCUUUUCUUUCUCCCUUUUGCCAUCAUUGUUUUCUGCUAUUCUGCUAUCCUCAAAACAGUUUUGCAGGCUUCAAUCAGAAGAAGACACAGGACUGUAGUUGUGGUGUUGUGCAUUGUUGCAGCCUUCUUCAUCUGCUGGGGACCUUAUAACAUUGUGCUUCUCAUCAUGACUUCGUACAAACCCACAGACUGUGAGGCGGAGCAACGACUGGGUAUUGCAUAUCAUAUUUGUCGUAUACUUGCCUUCUCACACUGCUGCAUGAAUCCUCUGCUGUACAUGCUCUCACAAAAGUUGCGAAAACAUUUGUUGCACCUUUUGCACUGUGGCAAUAUUUGGAGGAAGAGCAACAUGAGAAGCACAGGCCAGAACACCUCUGUUGGUCAGUCUGUAGCUUUUACAGCACAAAACUCUGUUGUCAUGAUGGAAACUCCCAACAAGUAAUCAGUCAUUCUUGAUAAAAACACCCAAUCAGUCUGGAAAUGCUUUUAUGUUACACUGUAUUUAUUUAAUUUUGCAUAUGGUUGCUUAUUUUCUUAAAAUAUUCAUGGGUCAAUUUUUGUAUUUUAUUUGAUGUUUGGGACAACAAAAACGAAUGCAUGUCAGUAUGUAUAAUGAAUGCUUUUCACUGCAGCACUUUAACUUGCUGUGUUAGCACUGUGAUAAAUUAAAAUGCUGAAACCUGG